AUGGCUACCAUCCAGUCGGAGACGGACUGUUAUGACAUCAUUGAGGUGUUGGGCAAGGGCACCUUCGGGGAGGUGGCCAAGGGCUGGCGCCGCAGCACGGGUGAGAUGGUGGCCAUCAAGAUCCUGAAGAACGACGCCUACCGCAACCGCAUCAUCAAGAACGAGCUGAAACUGCUGCGCUGCAUGCGGGGCCUGGACCCCGAGGAGGCCCACGUCAUCCGCUUCCUCGAGUUCUUCCACGACGCCCUCAAGUUCUACCUGGUCUUUGAGCUGCUGGAGCAGAACCUCUUUGAAUUCCAGAAGGAGAACAACUUUGCACCCCUCCCUGCCCGCCAUAUCCGCACCGUCACCUUGCAAGUGCUCAGGGCCCUGGCACGCCUCAAGGAGCUGGCCAUCAUCCACGCUGACCUCAAGCCUGAGAACAUCAUGCUGGUGGACCAGACGCGCUGUCCCUUCAGGGUCAAGGUGAUCGACUUCGGCUCGGCCAGCAUCUUCAGCGAGGUGCGUUACGUGAAGGAGCCGUACAUCCAGUCGCGCUUCUACCGGGCCCCCGAGAUCCUGCUGGGGUUGCCCUUCUGUGAGAAGGUGGAUGUAUGGUCCCUGGGCUGCGUCAUGGCUGAGCUGCACCUGGGCUGGCCCCUGUACCCGGGCAACAAUGAGUACGACCAGGUGCGUUACAUCUGCGAGACCCAGGGCCUGCCUAAGCCACACCUGCUGCAUGCUGCCCGCAAGGCCCACCACUUCUUCAAGCGCAGUGCCCACCCUGAUGCCGCCAACCCCUGGCAGCUCAAGUCCUCCGCUGACUACCUGGCUGAGACCAAGGUGCGCCCGCUGGAGCGCCGCAAGUACAUGCUCAAAUCCUUGGACCAGAUCGAGACGGUGAAUGGCGGUGGGGCCUUGGGUCGUCUAAACUUCCCAGACCGCGAGGCGCUGGCCGAGCUGGCUGACCUCAGGAGCAUGGUGGAGCUGAUCAAGCGCAUGCUGACAUGGGAGUCACAUGAGCGCAUCAGCCCCAGCUCAGCCCUGCGUCACCCCUUCGUAUCCAUGCAGCAGCUGCGCAGCGCCCACGAGUCCACCCGCUAUUACCAGUUGUCCCUGCGCAGCCGCCGCCUCUCACUGCAGGUGGAAGGCAAGCCGCCCCUGCCAGCCACAGCCGAGGAGGGCCCUCCCUACUACCGCCUAGCCGAGGAGGAGGAAGAGGAGGAAGAGGAGGAGGUGGCCAUAGGCCGAGGCAGUGUGGCCAGCAGUGGGUCCUUCUUCCGAGAGGAGAAGGCACCAGGCGUCCAGCGGGCCAUUGACCAGCUGGAUGACCUGAGCCUGCAGGAGGCAGGUCGCGGACUAUGGGGUGAGACCCACACUGACGUGGUCGUGCCUGACAUGCUGGCCCCGCUCAAGGCUGCCACCACUGGCUGCCACAUGCCCGAUGUGGGCCCUGAACCCAUCCUGGCCUUCUAUGGCAGCCGCCUGGCCAGCCGCCACAAGGCCCGCAAGCUGCCUGUGGGCUCCAAGUCCGAUUCCAACUUCAGCAACCUCAUCCGCCUGAGCCAGACCUCCCCAGAGGAUGACGAGCCCUGCCGGGGCAGCGGCUGGGAGGAGGGCGAACACCACGGGGCCUCGGUUGAGCCACCAGCCAUCCUGCAGCGGGACGGGGAUGGGCCAAGCAUCAAGGACAUGGCCAUGGAUGCCGAGAGGUCGGGCCUGGAGCUCUUUGAGCCCAGCAGCUGUCCUGGAGAAUGGUUGAGCAACACCGACUGGACACUGGAAGGCAUCAGGGGGCCACGGGCCCAGGGGCUCCCACCACGCCACCCCCACCAGCAUGGCCCACCUCGGGCUGCCAGUUUUCUGCAGCAUGUUGGCGGGCAUCACUGAUAGAGACUGCCCCCUCCCACUCCGUCCCCCGCUCCUCGCUGCGGGCUGCGUUAGCUGGG